AUGACCAACAAGAGGUUGAAGAUUGUAGUGGAUCCCGAUGUGCAUCUCCUUACGAAUCCCGAUAUUGAUGAUUUCCAAUCCGAAACCACAUCUAUCGGGUCCGCGGUAUAUCGCGGAGUCAUUGAGAAUGGUCGUCGAUACCAAACAUUACGAGAAAACCAGUACUGGGCCCCUGCCGAUGAACAACAAUUCGAGAGUCUGGAAGCUGGACACGCCGUUGCUGGAGUAAUGGACGGCGAGAGGCCGAACCCGCUUUUUCAAGCGCCCAUAUCUAAAAGCGCAAAGAAUAUUCUGGAUAUUGGGACUGGAAAUGGACUUUGGGCUAUUGACGUUGCUGAUAUACUCCCUGAAGCCACUAUUCGGGGUGUAGAUCUAUUUCCACCGCCAGUGUCAUGGGUGCCCCCCAAGUGCAUCCUAGAAGUAGAUGACGUCCUACGUGCCUGGACUUGGAGUGAACAAUUUGACUUCAUCCACAUGCGAUUCAUGCUCGGUUCAUUCAACGAAGGCGAAUGGGAUAAAUUAUACAAGAAGUGCUACAACAACCUUCAACCCGGCGGCUGGAUCGAACAGCUAGAAUUCGAUGCUCAUAUAGAAUCCGAUGAUAACACCCUACCCAAAGACAGCAUGGCUGCCACAUGGGGAGAGACAAUCUUAGGCUGUGCUGAGCGAGCCACUCGAAAAAUGGACACAAUAAACACAAUGCGCGAUUCUAUCGAGAAGGCCGGAUUCGUAGAUAUUCGCGAACGAGCCUAUAAGUGGCCAAUUGGACCAUGGCCGAGGGAUAAGAAUAUCAAAGAGGCAGGGUUACUCAAUUAUCAAAUGUGGUCAUUAGGAAUAGAGGGUUGGGGCAUGUGGCUUUUGACAAGAUUUGGAGAACCAAAGCCAUGGUCAAGAGAAGAGGUUAUUGCAUACGUGGCUAAGAUUCGAGGCGAAUUGAAGAGCACUGAUGUGCAUAGCUAUCAAAGAGCGCGACGUGUCUGGGCAAGAAAACCUGACAAUGAUCCUGGGCAAAAAUAA